UGGGGGAUGCAGUUGCCGCUGGCGACGGAGCAGGGCUGAGCUGGUGGAGCAGAGCGUGGUGCAGCUGCCCCGCUCCGAGCAUGAGGGUCGAGCCGGCCGCCGGGCGCUGACCGGCUCGGAGAUGCUCGGGGUGCACGGAGGCUUGCAGAAGACAGGCGGCUCCCCGCUGGCCCCCGUCUGCUCAUUGCAUUCUCUGCGGAUCUUGCAGCCGAGCUCGUCGCCCGCGGGAUGCACCGAGCCGCGGCGCUGGGCGGGCGGCUGCCCCGGGCGCUGCCCCGCCUGCGGGGUCGGGAGCGGAGCGGCGCGGCGGCCAAGCUGGGCCGGGAGCGCAUCCUCACCCCCGAGUCCAUGAACCCGCAGGUCAAGGCGGUGGAGUACGCCGUCCGCGGGCCCAUCGUCCUCAAAGCCGGCGAGAUCGAGCUGGAGCUGCAGCGGGGCAUUAAAAAACCUUUCACAGAAGUCAUCAAAGCCAACAUUGGAGAUGCACAUGCCAUGGGACAGCAACCAAUCACCUUCCUCCGUCAGGUGGUGGCUCUCUGCACGUACCCAAACCUGCUGGACAGCCCGAACUUCCCAGAAGACACCAAAAAUCGAGCACGGCGGAUCUUGCAGGGCUGCGGCGGAAACAGCUUGGGGUCUUACAGCGCCAGCCAGGGUGUCCAUUGCAUCCGCGAAGAUGUCGCUUCUUAUAUCGAGAGGAGAGAUGGAGGGGUCCCCGCUGAUCCCGACAACAUUUACCUGACCACUGGAGCUAGCGACGGCAUCGCUACCAUCCUCAAGAUCCUCGUCUCGGGUGGGGGGAAGUCCCGGACUGGAGUGAUGAUUCCCAUACCCCAGUACCCCCUCUACUCAGCCGUCAUCUCGGAGCUGGAUGCCGUCCAGGUGAACUAUUACCUGGACGAAGAGAACUGCUGGGCCCUGGAUGUGAACGAACUCCGGCGGGCUGUGAACGAAGCCAAGGAAUAUUGUAACCCGAAGGUCCUUUGCAUCAUCAACCCGGGAAAUCCCACAGGUCAGGUGCAAAGCAGGAAGUGCAUCGAAGACGUGAUCCACUUUGCUUGGGAAGAGAAACUUUUCCUUUUGGCCGAUGAGGUGUACCAAGAUAACGUGUACUCAGAGGACUGCCAGUUUUAUUCGUUCAAAAAGGUGCUGUACGAAAUGGGGCCCGAGUACUACAGCAAUGUGGAGCUGGCUUCUUUCCACUCAACCUCCAAAGGAUACAUGGGCGAGUGUGGCUACCGAGGAGGCUACAUGGAGGUGGUCAACCUGCACCCGGAGAUCAAAGGUCAACUGGUUAAGCUGCUGUCGGUUCGCCUCUGCCCUCCCGUUUCGGGGCAAUUAGCUAUGGACAUUGUCGUGAACCCCCCCAUCCCUGGGGAAGAAUCUUUCGAACAGUUCAACAGGGAGAAGCAGUUUGUCUUGAGCAACCUAGCCAAGAAGGCCAAGUUGACGGAGGACCUGUUCAACCAGGUGCCAGGAAUUCACUGCAACCCUCUGCAAGGAGCCAUGUAUGCCUUCCCCCGGAUCUUCCUUCCGACCAAAGCCGUCGAAGCUGCCAAGGCUCAUAAAAUGGCCCCAGACAUGUUCUACUGCAUGAAGCUACUGGAAGAAACUGGAAUCUGUGUUGUUCCUGGCAGUGGAUUUGGCCAGCGAGAAGGCACUUACCACUUCAGAAUGACGAUCCUCCCUCCUGUGGAGAAGCUGAAGAUCGUCUUGGAGAAGAUUAAGGACUUUCACAUAAAGUUCCUGGAAAAGUACGCCUGAGAAGAGUGUUGGGACGACCAAGGGGAUCAUGGUUUCCCAGGAAACAGGUAUCUCCAGUGUCGGGACCCUGGACCACCAUAUCUCCGGCCAGCAGUACAACAGACUUGUCCUCCCUACACCAUUCCUUGGGGGGGUGGGCGGAGUGACAGAUGGGGUCCCGUUCGUUUUUAGUUUUGCUCUAGAAGACGUUUUUGUGCCUUGACGAGGAAGAAGACUUCUGUUCUUGACCUCCGUUCCUGAUCAGAUACGUUUUCACCGCCCCGUUUUUCUGUCGGUUUACAGCGGACUGUUCUGGUGCUGUAGAAGAUGAACCUGCCGACCGAAGGGGACUGAUGGUCUCUGGCUUUGCUUUUGAAAUUUAAAUAAAUGUUAAAAAGCAACUA